AUGUACCACGAAGGUGGUAGAGAGGUGACUGAACACCUCGAGGCGCAGAUCGCGUUUGGCGAUGGCGGAUUUCAUGUGGAGCGCCUGGACGAAGCGCGCUGCGUGGAUGGCCAACACCAAGUUUUGGUGAAGUGGCUUGGACUUGACGAUGAAGAAUCGUCCUGGGAACCUGCGGCGAAUUUUCUGGACGACAUUCCAGUCGUAUUUCGCAAGUGGGCGGCGGCGAACAAGGAAUACCCUGCCGUGGCCGCCCUCAUCAAGACACUGGACUUUCCCCAAGAGACAGAAACGUCCGCGCCAAGCUGUGUGCGCUACUGUAUCACGCAGCAACACACAGAGCAUGUCUUGGACGUUGCUGCCUCGUUGGAAGUUGGCAAGGAAAGAAGCCCUCGUGAUCUGGCCAAGAGCACUGGGAUCCCCCACACAAACAUCCAGCGCUGGAAAACCAUGUCUGCCAAGUACCUAUCCUUUGAAGGCAACAAGAAUCGUAAGUAUCUCAGCGGUGGUGGACGGCCAGAGUCACUGCCAGACUCCCAGGCACUUGUUCAAUUCAUGGACAAGAUGCGAGAUGAUGAGCGCGCAUUGACUGACAUCCACGCGCAUUAUCAACUUCCUGAAGAAGCAUCACAAGCCGUGGUUGAUCACUACCUUGGCGACAACACUGGUGACCGAGGGUACAAGGCUCUUCUUCGACUGCUUGAACGCUUUUGUUCAUCGUCAUGGAUUUUCAAGACAACGACCAAGGAAGUCAAAGCGUCUGCAAGGAGAUCUGGAACAAAUGCGGGCAACUUUCGCGGCGGACUUCCACAAGGCACAUGA